AACAGUACAGUACAUACUACAUACAGUACUCACUUAGCUUUCAGCGCUCAGCAGAAGUAGUUGUGAUCUGACAAAUAUUAGAAAUGGCGUCACCAUUGGAAGAUUUGGAAUCAAAAUUAGAAUUGUUUAUUGAAAAUGUUCGUCAAAUUAGAAUCAUUGUUGCAGACUUUCAGCCUCAAGGUCAAAAUGUAUUGAAUCAAAAGAUCCAAUCCCUGGUGUAUGGACUGCAAGAAGUUGACAAAUUGAAAUCUCAAGUGCAAGAAGUCCAUGUCCCUUUGGAAGUGUUUGAUUACAUUGACAACGGACGCAAUCCACAGUUGUACACCAAGGACUGUAUCGAGAAGGCACUCACAAAGAAUGAACAAGUGAAGGGAAAGAUUGAUGCCUAUCGCAAAUUCAAGGCUCACAUGAUGGUGGAACUGAAUACAGUGUUUCCUAAUGAACUGGCCAAGUAUAGAGCCAUUCGGGGGGAUGAACGACCUUUAACAUAAGUUUUAUUUUAGUUUGUUGUUUAAUCUGUGUAUACUUUGUUGUUUGUAUAUAAGGUUCAUAACAUCUUCAUCUAGUUUUAAUGUGAUUUUGAAUAUAUUUUAUAAACAAAAUAAAUUACUGACCUGAGAAA